AUCAUCAUGACGCAACUAGCCAUAAAUUCAGACGCGGACUUGCGUAGCUAAUUACCAUAAACACUUUGGCGGGUUUCAUAUAUAAAGAUGCGAGUCCAUGGUUUUGUCAGAAGCACGAGGGACGCGUCAUAUAGCCUAGGUGGGGCAGACCACUUUUACUUCUACUUACACAGUAACUUGAGUUUAUAGUCCAGGGUCUGAAACUGCUUGCCAACGGAUAAACCCAACAACCUCUUCGAAAAAAGUGACAAAUACGGCUGUCUGCAUGAAGACUGACAGUGUCGUCCAAAAUGUGCCCUUCACCGGUAGGAAACGGAGCCUGCUUGACGACGCACGGAGGGACCGCGAGAGUGUGUCCUCUGCGGCGCCAGGAGCCUCGCUCGGCGGGGACUGUUGUGUGUUCGAGGAAAAGAACGGGAAAGUUUCGCUACACGUGCUUUUCGCCCUCAGCAACGAGAAGAAUUCUGGGUUCUUCAAGGCGGGCAAGGUGUUUGAGACCUUUGAAGCCAAACUUCUUCACGUGGAGAGCCGACCCAGAAAGUCAAAGAACACGUCUGACCUGGAGUUCUUCAUCAAAUGUGAAAUACACAGUUCAGACAUCGAUGUCUUCCUCAACUCAUUAAAAAGGGUUGCAGACGAUGUGCGGACAGUUUCAGAGAGAAAAGCACCCUGGUUUCCAAGAAAAAUAAGAGAUUUGGAUCGGUGCAAUCAUUUGAUAACGAAAUUCGAUCCAGAUUUGGAUCAAGAUCACCCCGGUUUCAGCGAUAAAGAAUACAGGAAAAGAAGAACAUUUAUCUCGGAACUCGCAUUUAAUUACAAACAAGGGGAGCCCUUACCCAGAGUAGAGUACACGCCUGAGGAAGUAGGCACCUGGAGACAGGUGUAUCGGACCUUGACCAGCAUCUACCCCACCCACGCCUGCAGGCAGUUCCAGGACGGGCUCCAGCAGCUGGAGAAGGAGUGCGGCUACGCGGAGGACAACAUCCCGCAGCUGAGAGAUGUUUCCGCCUUCCUUAAAGAGAAAACAGGCUUCCAGCUGCGUCCCGUAGCGGGUCUCCUGUCCGCCCGUGACUUCUUGGCCAGCCUGGCGUUCCGAGUGUUCCAGUGCACCCAGUACAUCCGCCACCCCUCUGCUCCCAUGCACUCCCCAGAGCCAGACUGCUGCCAUGAACUGCUUGGCCACAUCCCAAUGCUCACAGACCAUGAGUUUGCCCAGUUCUCUCAGGAAAUUGGUCUAGCAUCACUGGGUGCAUCUGAUGAGGACAUUGAGAGACUUUCAACACUGUACUGGUUCACGGUGGAGUUUGGCCUCUGUAAGCAGAAUGAAUCAGUGAAAGCCUACGGAGCUGGCUUGCUGUCCUCCUAUGGAGAACUCCUAUAUGCUCUGUCGAAUGAACCGGAAUACAAACCCUUUAACCCAGCGGAAGCAGCGGUCCAGCCCUAUCAGGAUGAAACAUACCAGCCCAUAUACUUUGUGUCUGAAAGCUUUGAAGAUGCCAAGGCAAAACUGCGGCAAUUCUCGUCAACGAUUGAGAGGCCCUUCACCAUCCGGUACGACCCGAUCACCAGCAGCCUGGAUGUUCUGGACCAGCCCGGAAAGAUCCAGAAGGCACUGGGUCAGAUGCAUGAGGACUUGAAGACUCUGUACCAUGCCCUGGAGAGUCUGGGUCAGAACUGAUCUUGGAUCAGAACCCUCUCCGACACCGGGACACAUCCCUGAUCAUGCUCACACUGAGUGUUGGAACACAAAGAAAGACAAUUUUACAUUUCUUUCUUUUUCUUACAUUUCUUUAUUUUACAUGUAUUUAAGUAAUUUGCAAGCCUAACAGUGAUCUCAUGACAUUCACUACAUUCUUGCAUGUUGCUCAUUGUUCUUGCAUGUUGCUUACUUUACAAAGCCUCAUAAUUCAAAAGCAAAUAUGUUGUUUAAUAACUUUUACAUUUUAAUAACAUUUAACAUGUGUAUGGAAGAACAUGAGGAUGAGGAUGUGUUUGUGAGUUUGUGACAUAUUAUAUGAUUCAACAUAUUAAAUAUUUUCCUCUAAGAUAC